UAAGAAUACCACUCGUAUCGUUGCCCUACAGUCGUGGAAUUUGACGGCAGCCGAGAACAGCCGCGUCUGGGCCAACGGCUGCUCCCUGACUCACAGCCCCGCUGCCAGCCGCAAGACUUCGAUGUUCGACUGCGGGGAAAACCUGUUCAUCUCGAGCGCGCCCUUCACCUGGAACUACGCCAUCCGCGACUGGUACAACGAGGUGACGAGCCCCGGCUUCGUGUACGACCAGGGGCCCAAGGGCCCCGGGGCCGUCGGCCACUACACCCAGGUGGUGUGGUACAGCUCCUUCCAAGUGGGGUGCGCCGUCAACUACUGCGCUAGUACGGCCAAGUACUUCUACGUUUGCCACUACUGCCCAGCCGGAAACCUGGCGUCUCGCAUCAACCGACCGUACAAUAAGGGCAACUCGUGCGGCUCCUGCCGUAAGAGCUGCAGCCGCAAGCUGUGCCGGAACCCCUGCCUCUACAAAGACGCGUACGCAAACUGCGCGGCGAUGAAGAGCAGCUACGGGUGCGGAGACACGGGGUCCGGCAAGGUCGUGCAGGCCUACUGCCCUGCCUCCUGCAAGUGCGCCGGCAAGAUCUUCUGAGACCGGCCACUCCCGCGAUACGGCGUCGACGCCUCGUCCAUCGCCACCGAGGGGUGGACUCGACUGUCAAAGGGCACCCUGGAACUCCCGGACGCACGCAGCACAUCUCACGCAGCACACCUCACGCAGCACACCGCACGCAGCACACCGCACGCAGCGCACCACACGCAGCACACCUCACGCAGCACACCUCACGCAGCACACCGCACGCAGCACACCUCACGCAGCACACCUCACGCAGCACACCGCA